ACUUCUUUUCAAAACACGACAAAAUAGAAGCACCACGUUUUUGUGUUGCUCUCUACUUUUGUUGUUAUAUAGCGGUGCAAAAGCACUCAUUUUUGUGUUAAAACCACUUGAAACAGUGCUAAGUUUUGUCCCCUUUCCUUUGCAAGUGAAAAAAGUGCAACAAACUCCACCAAAAUGACUGCACGUUGUAAGAAGCGUCGUAGCAAAAACAAAGCCAUUCGCCGGGCCAAAAACAAGGUGAAAGAGGUAAAGAAACUGAAGAAAAUGCUUGGAUUCAUCGAGGAGGAUACAGGAGAAGGUAACUUGCUGGAUAAGCUGAAGGAUAUUACCGAGCAAAAGAAAAACGAGCAGGAACUGGAGCUGUUGAAGAAGGAAGCGCUGGAGGAGGUGGUCAAGAAGGAAACCAAGGAAAUUAUCGACCACGAGAAGUACGUUACGGUGGUUCACCCGAGAACGAAGGUUGCACACGUGUACAACGUGAAAACGAAACAGGACCAGUUUGGCCAGUACCCGAUCUGGUACAACCCGAGGAAAGCGCGCAGGAAGAAGCUGCUGCAAGAGGGCAAGAUUACCAAGCGUAUGCAAUUCCGCGGCAAACGUAAUCACUUUAUCGACCGAACCUGCAAUUGGAAGGCACUGCUUGAUAAAUAAACUGCACCGUGAUUUUGUUAUUAG